CAACCGCCGAUAAACCACACCAAAGAAGAAGCUACAGAAACUCUUUUGCGGAAGUACAGUUUAUUUUCUCGAUCAGUCCACUCUGCUCCGUGGCGUUGUUUAGAAUAAUUAUUUUUGAUGCUACUGCUUUUUAGUCCUUACACGGAGAGCUGAAUAUCUUGGACAAUGACCCAAACCACACCUUGAGGGUGUGUAAGGACUAUUUGAUGAAGGAGAGUGAUGGAGUGCUGCAUCAGAUGACCUGGCCAACCCAAUUGAGAUGGUUUGGGAUGAGUUGGACCUCAGAGUCAAGGAAAAACAGCCAACAAGUGAUCAGCAUAUGUGGGAACUCCUUCAAAACUGUUGGAAAAGCAUUCCUUGUGAAGCUGGUUGAGAGAAUGCCAAGAGUGUGCAUAGCAGUCAUCAAGGCAAUGGUGGCUACUUUGAAUAACCUCAAAUAUAUAAAAUAGAUUUAGAUUUGUUUAACACUCUUUUGGUUAUUAUAUGAUUUCUUAUGUGUUAUUUCAUUGUUUUGAUGUCGUCACUAUUUUUCUACAAUGUAGAAAAUAGUAAAUACAAAGAAAAACCCUUCAAUGAGUAGGUGUCCAAACUUUUGACUGGUACUAUAUGUAAAACAUGAAAUUCAAGUUCCUCUUUAAGUCAUUGCUAGGUCAACAGCAUGUUUAUUGCACCAGCAUUUCCUUUCUUGCAUAAUUUGUUGACACCAUAUGAAUAUGACAUGAAUGAACAAUGAUUGCUGAAUGAAUGCUUUUUCAUCUAAAAGGUUCUAAAUCAUGUGUACACUGAUGGACGAAAUCCCAAUGGAUUCCACUCGCAGUGUAACACCUGCAAGAGAACAGGCAGAUUGUGAUCAUCAAACAAGAUGCACCAGCGGUGUUCCUGACUUUAUCUGAAUAAUGUGACAUGAACGAACAAAGUAGCUUUUUUUGUAUAGUAGCACUCAGAAACAAACGUCCACCUUGUUGUUAAUCUAACUUGCUCGUUAGAGGGGACCUUUUUAACAUUCCUAGAAUAUGCAUUGGACCUAAUUCUGUCCAGCUUGAGGUAGAUUUACCUGACGUGAAAGGGAAUGCAGAGUCGUCGCCCAUAGACCGGAUGCGAGCGUGAUGCCCAGGCGAAGCUUUCCGCUGCAGGGACGGAUGCGCUGGCUGUUCCUGGGGCUCGUCCUGCUGCUGGUCCUCUUCCUCUUUGCUUACUUGCUGGAGUGCACUCCCCCAGCUGACGUCAGCCUGGUCCUGCCUGGCUUGGGAGGGGAGUCCUAUGGGAAGGAGUACUACCGUGCCCUGCUGCAAGAGCAGGAGGAGCACCACCUCAGCCGUGCCGCCAGCCUCAAGCGGCAGAUCGCCCAGCUCAAGCAGGAGCUCCAGCAGAUGAGUGAGAAGCUCAAGGACCUGCAGGACUGGAAGGAAGACCUCGGGGUCCAGGGACUGGCUGAGACAAAGGACCAGGUGCCUGGGGAUCUCCUCGAAUUCCUCCACUCCCAGAUCGACAAAGCCGAGGUGAACACGGGAGCACGGCUGCCCAGCGAGUACGCCCUGGUCCCCUUUGAGAGCUUCAACUCUGGUAAGGUUUAUCAACUGGAGAUGGGGUUGACCAGGCACCCAGAGGAGAAGCCUGUGCGGAAGGACCGCAGGGACGAGCUGGUGGAGGUCAUUGAGGCGGCCCUGGACGUCAUAAACAACCCAGACGAGGAGGAUGGCCAUCAGGAUGAGCCCAUGCAGAGGCAGGCGUACACUGAGAGCCACUUUACUGAGGGGCUGUACAGAACAGAACGGGACAAAGGCACACUCUACGAGCUCUUCUUUGCAAAAGAGGACUCCGACAAUUUCCGCCACGUUACUCUUUUCCGUCCAUUCGGUCCUUUAAUGAAAGUCAGGAGCACAUCCGUAGAAAUGUCCGGAGUCGUCAUCAAUAUCAUUGUACCAUUGGCGGGCAGAACAGAUGCAUUCUCACAGUUCCUACACAACUUCAGGGAAGUUUGCAUAAAACAUGAUAGGGAAGUGCAUCUUACGGUGGUCUACUUUGGACAAGAGGGCUUACGAGAGGUGAAGUCUUAUUUGGAAAAAAUGUCCAGGGAGGAGACUUUUUCCAACUACACCCUCAUCCCAGUGGACGAGGAGUUUUCCAGGGGCAGGGGUCUGGACAUCGGAGCCCGCGCCUGGAAGAAGGGUGACGUGUUGAUGUUCUUCUGUGAUGUGGAUAUCUACUUCACACGGGACUAUCUCAACACCUGCCUCCUUCACACCGCUCCAAACAAGAGAGUAUUUUAUCCAGUGGUUUUCAGUUUGUAUAAUCCUGCCAUAGUCUAUGGAAAUCUGGAGCUGGCUCCCCCCAUUGAAAGUCAACUUAUUCACAAGAAAGAUGCUGGAUUCUGGAGAGAUUUUGGUUUUGGAAUGACAUGUCAAUAUCGCUCAGACUUCCUUAAUAUCGGAGGUUUUGACCUGGACGUGAAAGGUUGGGGUGUGGAAGAUGUCCACUUGUACAGGAAGUACCUGCGGAGCGACCUGAUCGUGACGCGUACACCAGUAUCUGGCCUCUUCCACCUGUGGCACGAGAAGCAGUGUGCAGACGAGCUGACUCCAGAACAGUAUCGCAUGUGCAUCCAGUCCAAAGCCAUGAAUGAGGCGUCCCACUCCCACCUGGGCAUGCUGGUGUUCCGCGAGGAGAUAGAGAAUCACCUCCGCAAGCAGGCCUAUAAGACCCAGGGCAAAACUGAAGACUGAAUUAUGCCUUUUUGCUAGGCGGCCAUCUUAGGUACUCUGCAUCAGAACUCCUUGCUUUUAAUUUUUUUUUUUACAAAUACAAGAACUGAGUUGCACAUGCUGUUACUAACAUGACUAAAAUGCACUAUACAGAAGACCUGUUUGCACAAAAUCCUGUUACAUUUCACAGAUUAGCUAAAGACACGUUUGGGAAUGUACAAAAAUGUACAUUAGUAAACGUGAAGCGUCAACUUAAACAAGUCUGAGAAUGACACCACCUGCGUCAACACAAAAAGACAUAUUUGAAGUUGGGGAAAUUUGCAUGACCUAUCUAUCAAGUUAAAGCAAUGUUCUUGCCUGUGAGAUCAAGCAAUCAAUGGACAGUGUUCUUUUUAAAAAACGUAUCCCAAUGAUAACUAUACUGCCAUAAUUUUUAAUGUCAAGAUUGAUUUAAAGUUGUAUAGUGAUUUUUAAAAAAGGGACCUUUGUUUGAAUAGGCUUUGUUGAAAGGGGAAAUAAACACUGCCUCUGAUUUAACAGUAUCAAAUGAUUUAUCCUAUGGUUUUAAUUUAGUUUAUUUGGGAAAUGUACCAACAUGUACAGAUCUGACUGGAUUGUGACUGAAGAAUUGAACCUUGUAGCCACUCAAUAAUGUGGUCAAUCUUAAAUGGAAUGUAUAAGUCAUUGUUUUAUUGGUUUUCAGCCACGGAUUGUCAUACUUUGUCUAAAUAGAGAAGAGGAUAAUUAAAGAUAUCCCUCCUGAGGUCAUUGAUGGUUA